AUGACUGAAGAAAAGAGCAAUUUGUUAGAAAGCCAGGAGGAACCGCCCAUGAGACAGACAAGCAAACCAUGCACUCGGAUUUGGUCUCUGUUUCUCUGCGCCAUCCUAGCUAUCGCUUGGUUUACCAAACCACAUUUAUCGUGCUCCCCACUCAGCAUCGAGGGCAGGGUACAGAAAAUAUUGUCUCGGACUCCAUUGAUCGACGGUCAUGAUGACUUCCCUAUCUUCAUUCGAGAGGUCUUCCAGAACCAUAUCAAUGAUCGGAAUUUCACUGAAGCUUUUCUCAAGGGCACACUACCUGGCCAUGUUGAUAUCCCUCGAUUGAAGAAGGGCAGAGUUGGUGGUACUUUUUGGAGUGUCUUCGUGCCUUGCCCGAAGAAUGGCUCCGACUUCUCCGACGAGAACUACGCAGCCAGCGUGCGGGAGACCAUGGAACAGGUGGAUGUUAUGUCGCGCGUUCAGCGAGCUUAUCCCAACGUCUUUUCCGCCCCGCCAAAUGGUACCACUGCCUUGUCUGCUUUUCGCGAAGGGAAGAUAAUAUCCCCGCUGGGUAUCGAGGGAUUGCAUUCAAUCGGCAACUCUCUAUCUCACCUACGAAUCUUUUACGAACUGGGUGUAUCAUACGCAACUUUGACGCAUAAUUGCCACAACCGGUAUGCCGAUGCUGCCGUUCUUGAAGUUCCCGGCGGCAUCCAAAAAUCCGAUCCCCUCUGGCAUGGUGUCAGCAAAGAAGGCGAAAAGCUGGUUUUUGAGAUGAACCGUCUUGGUAUGAUUGUUGAUUUGGCUCAUGUGAGCACCGACACUAUGCGUGAUGUACUUGGCUCUGGCAAGUCCGAAUGGACCGGUAGCCGAGCUCCAGUAAUUUACAGUCAUAGCUCUGCAUAUGCGCUCUGUCCACACCCGCGUAAUGUGCCCGAUGACAUUCUGAAGCUGGUUGGGGAGAAGCGCUCCCUAGUUAUGGUCAAUUUCUCACCUGACUUUAUUUCUUGCACAGCUUCUGACGGUGCAAAUGGUAUACCCGAUGAAGAUCCUGAGAAUGCAACUCUGGAAAGGGUUGUUGAUCACAUUCUACAUAUUGGAAAUCUCAUAGGCUUCGAGCAUGUUGGUAUAGGUAGCGAUUUUGAUGGUAUCCCCACGGUUCCUCGGGGACUGGAAGAUGUGUCCAGAUUCCCGGCCUUGAUCGCAGAGUUGCUCAAUCGCGGAGUCAGUGAUAAAGAUGCAGGCAAUAUAGCGGGAGGUAAUCUGCUCAGGGUAUGGAAGGAGGUUGAAGAGGUUGCUCUGGAGAUGCAGGCUGAAGGUGCAUUGCCCGCGGAGGAUUGA